CGCCCUCCUUCCCAUCAAAGCACCGGAAGAAACAGAGGCAUCAUCGUCAUCAGCAGCAACAACCAGAAGAGAAAAAGCUAAACAGUUAAAGCCAUCGACUCCACUGUAGACCUUUCUUCUCCUUUGCAAUCCUAUUUAGCUUUCUAGAAUCUCCAUUCCCAUCUCUUUUUGAACCCUAAAUUUCUGAGAGUUUCGUUUUCCACGGUUUUAUUUUUUUCCCUCUUUCGAAUUCCCAUUCGGUCCCCACUAUCCCCUUUCUACGAGAUUUCGAUAAAAAACCAAGCUUGAAAGAAGAACCAAAUCUGUGGGCCCUUGCUGUGUAGUUCGGGAUUCGUCCCCCGUUGGCAGGAAUCGGAAUUCGUUCAAAACCUUAGCUUUGGUUUGUGUGCGAAUCAUGCUUCACAGCUUCUAAUAGUGGCUUGAUGCUGGGAGCAGUAUGCCGGUGAUUGUUGGGAGAAAUGCAAAGGUAUCAUGCUGCCAGCUGCACUAAUGCAGUUAGUAACAGUGCAUUAGGUGGGCCCUUAACUAGGGAUACUGCCCGUGCUGAUUCUUCUCCAUUGUCAGCUAACUUUGCCCUAAAUUCUCGGCAGCUAUCUCAACAAACUCCGUACAAGUUGAAGUGUGAUAAAGAACCUCUAAAUUCCCGAAUUGGGCCACCUGACUUUCACCCCCAAACUACAACUUGUCCUGAGGAGACUCUCACCAGAGACUAUGUACAAUCUGGUUACAGGGAGACCAUUGAAGGAAUUGAGGAAGCUAGAGAGAUCUCAUUGACUCAGGUUCAAGCUUUUUCUAAGCCUGUGAUUGUCAAGUGCAAAGAGGCUAUCAGAAAACGUCUCAGGGCCAUCAAUGAAUCUCGUGCUCAAAAGCGGAAGGCUGGUCAGGUUUAUGAUGUGCCUCUUUCUGGUUCACAGUUAACUAAACCUGGCAUCUUUCCUGAACAAAGAGCAUGCGGUGAAGACUCUCGGAAGAAAUGGAUUGAGGGCCUGUCACAACCACACAAACAACUACGUUUUUUGGCCGAUCAUGUUCCUCAUGGAUUUAGGAGGAAAUCUCUCUUUGAAAUUCUAAUUAGGAAUAAUGUUUCAUUACUGAGAGCAACUUGGUUUAUCAAAGUCACUUAUCUUAAUCAGGUCAGGCCUGGUUCUGCAAGUAUCUCUUCGGGAGCUCCUGACAAAACUCAGCUAUCCCGCACUGAGCUCUGGACAAAAGAUGUUAUUGAUUAUAUGCAAUAUCUCCUUGAUGAUUUUUUCUCAAGAAAUAAUUCUCAUUCUACUUAUAGCAGAGAUCAAUCGCCACAAGUGCCUUAUGCUGGGUCGUUACAGCACAGGAGUGAUCCAGCAUCAGCAGCCCUUGAUGGUGAGGAACCUUCCCUGCAUUUUAAAUGGUGGUACAUGACACGUUUAUUGCAAUGGCACAAUGCAGAAGGGCUACUUCUUCCUUCUCUUAUAAUUGAUUGGGUUCUGAAUCAGCUACAGGAAAAAGAUUUGCUUGAGAUUUUGCAGUUUCUGUUGCCGAUUAUAUAUGGCGUUUUAGAAACUGUUGUUCUAUCUCAAACGUAUGUACAUGGUCUUUUUGGAGUAGCUAUCCGUUUCAUUCGCGAUCCUUCUCCUGGUGGAUCAGAUCUAGUUGACAAUUCUCGAAAGGCAUAUACAAUCUCUGCGCUGGUGGAGAUGCUUCGGUAUCUUAUAGAGGCUGUACCUGAUACAUUUGUUGCAUUGGACUGCUUUCCCUUACAGCCCUAUGUGGUAUCUUAUGCUGUAAGUGAUGGGAAUUUUAUAUCGAAGGUAUCUGGGGAUGCAGAAAAGUUGAAAAAUGGUUGCACAGAAGUUCCUUCCAUGCACAAAAGUAAUGCUAUUGAUGCUCAAUAUCAAUCCUUGGCCUUCAAUAAUGUUGUUUCUUCUAUUCAGAAUUGUGCAGAAACUCUUGCAAAAGCUUCAAGUCCUGGCUAUCUGGGUCAUAAUCUGGCUAAAGCUGUUCAGUCCUUAGAUAAAUCUCUUGUACAUGGAGAUGUCAGAGAGGCUUCUAAAUUGCUAUUCGAAGAUCACUGGGAUGGUGCUAUUGCUAAAAGUUGGGUUGCAGAAGUAAGCCAAUGCUUAAGGUCAUCAUUGAAAUGGAUUGGGACUGUGAAUUUGUCCUUUAUUUGUUCUAUCUUUUUUCUUUGUGAGUGGGCAACAUGUGAUUACAGGGAUUUUCGGACUGUUGCACCUACUAACAUUAAGUUCUCAGGCAGAAAAGAUUUUUGUCAGGUAUAUAUUGCAGUGCGAAUUUUAAAGCUAAAGAUAAAAGAUUUGCAAAGGUCAUCUAGAGGCAAGAGUGGAAGCACCCUUGGUGUUAGUGGCAUUGGAGGAGGUUCCUCUCAGCAGAACUCUGCCAGGACAUCUGUUGGAAAUGUAUUUGAAAUUAAUGAUGAUUUUAAAAGUAUGGGUGGAAGCAGUGUAAAUUCAGAUAUAUUUGACAGCCCUGGUUCCUUGCAUGAUAUCAUAGUCUGUUGGAUUGAUCAGCAUGAAGUAUGCAAUGGAGAAGGUUGCAAGCGCCUUCAGCUACUCAUAGUGGAACUGAUACGUGCUGGCAUAUUUUUACCCCAAGCAUAUGUGCGGCAGCUGAUAGUAAGUGGAAUAAUGGAUAUGAAUGGGCCACAGGUUGACCUCGACAGACGGAAGAGACAUUACCGAAUCUUGAAGCAGUUGCCUGGGCUAUUUAUGUGUGAUGCUUUGGAAGAAACAGGGAUUACUGAAGGGCCACAUCUUUUGGAUGCCAUGCAUAUUUACUCAAAUGAACGUCGCCUUGCACUCCGUGGAUUAUUUUUUGAUCAGCAGAAGAACUCAAAAACUGCAAAUAUAUCUGCUCAGAAGCUGAUCCAGGGAAAGGAUGGUGCUUCCCCAGCUUUGGUUGAACAGAGGAAAGCUGCUCUGUCAUCAUCCAAUGUAUUACCUGCUAAAAAUAUUAAAAAUGAGUUUGACAUUGAGGAGCUGAAGGUGGCCAUCUCAGUCCUGUUGCAAUUCCCAAACAGUUCAUCUUCAUCCAUGGAUACAGGACUUGAUGAAUCUCAAGAGAGUGCCAAGAGGGCUUUUGGGUCACUUGGCAACAAGAUGGAUCUGAUGGAAGGUACACCCGGAUGUGAAGAAUGUCAAAGGGCAAAGAGACAAAAAUUACAUGAGGAAAGGAGCUCAUGUUUUCAAGUUCAUUCACCUCUUCCUUCAGAUGAUGAAGAUACAUGGUGGGCGAGGAAGGGGCCUAAAUCUUUGGAGUCUUUCAAAGUUGAUGCUCCACUUAAGUCAAUCAAGCAAGUCCCCAAAAGUCGGCAGAAGACUGUGCGCAAGACUCAAAGUCUUGCUCAAUUAACAGUGGCUGCUAGGAUUGAGGGUGGUGAGGGAGCAUCAACAAGUCACUCAUGUGAUAAUAGGGUAAGCUGCCCUCACCAUAAAUCUGUAAUGGAAGACGAGACUCCUAAGUCAAUUGGUGGAAUUAGAACAAACCCUUGUGGAGACAUUGUGGCUAUUGGAAAAACUUUAAAGAAGCUGCGUUUUGGAGAGAAGAGGACCAUUAUAGUUUGGUUAAUGACUGUUGUUAGGAAGCUUGUUGAAGAGACUGAAAAUACUCUGGUCAAGGCUUGUCAGUUUGCUAGGCCUUUCACCCCUGUUGAUGAUAGGAGCUCUAUAGGGUGGAAGCUUGGUGAGGAUGAACUAUCUGCCAUACUGUAUUUUAUGGAUCUUACGAAUGAUUUAGUUUCAGCAGCCAAAUUUCUCCUUUGGUUGUUUCCAAAGGUACUUAGUAGCCCCAAAUCUACAAUCCAUUCUGGUAGGAAUGCUUUGAUGCCGCCGAGGAAUGUGGACAACAAAGUUUGUGAAGUAGAGGAGGCAUUUCUUUUGUCGUCCCUCCGAAGGUAUGAGAACAUACUCGUUGCAACAGAUCUUAUUCCUCAAACCUUGUCGGCCACAAUGCAUAGUGCUGCAGCAGUUAUGGCCUCAUAUGGAAGAGUUUCAGGUUCAGCAGCCCUAGUAUAUGCUCAAUAUCUGUUGAAAAAAUAUGGCAAUGUGGGUAGUGUCAUAGAAUGGGAGAAGAAUUUCAAGGUGGCAUGUGAUAAGAAACUUCUUUCCGAACUUGAAGCUGGACGGUCAGCGGAUGGAGAGUUGGGGUUUACACUUGGGGUUCCUGCAGGAGUUGAAGAUCUUGAUGAGUUUUUCCGUCAAAAGAUAGGUGGUGGUGGUCGGUUAUCAAGAGUCAGUACUAACAUGAGAGAUAUAGUGCAACGCCAUAUCGAGGAUACCUUUCACUACUUCCUUGGUAAAGAUAGAAAGCUUUUUACUGCUAGUCCACCAAAAAGUCCUGACAUUGACAAGUGGGACAACGGGUAUCAGGUGGCUCAACAAAUAGUUACGGGAAUAAUGGACUGUUUAAGGCAGACUGGUGGUGCUGCUCAAGAAGGGGAUCCAUCUUUGGUGUCUUCUGCUGUUUCUGCCAUUAUUGGCAAUGUUGGACCAACUAUAGCGAAAAUUCCUGAUCUUUCAGGCAUUAAUAAUACAAAAUCUUCAUCUGCUACAGGGUCGUUGAAUUUUGCUAGGCACAUUUUGCGCAUCCAUAUAACAAGCCUAUGCCUGCUUAAGGAAGCUCUUGGAGAGCGUCAAAGCCGUGCAUUUGAGAUAGCUCUUGCAACAGAAGCUUCUUCAGUUCUUGCUGUAGUUCUUUCACCUGGAAAGGCAUCUCGCACACAGUUUCAAUUGUCUCCGGAAGCUCAUGAUUCUAAUACAAACAUGUCUAAUGAAUUUUUGAACAGUUCUACAAAACUACGUGGAAGAGCAACAAAAAUCGCAGCUGCUGUUUCUGGACUUGUGAUUGGGCUGGUUAUUCAUGGGGUUACUAGCCUGGAGAGAAUGGUGACUGUCCUCCGCUUAAAGGAAGGAUUGGAUGUAAUUCAAUUUGUGAGGAAUACAAGAUCCAGUGCAAAUGGUAAUGCCCGUUCAAUUGGGGCUCCAAAGGUGGAUAACUCGGUUGAAGUUAAAGUGCAUUGGUUUAGGCUGCUUGUUGGAAACUGUAAAACUAUUUGUGAUGGAUUGAUUGUAGAACUCUUGGGUGAACCGUGCAUGGUGGCUCUUUCACGGAUGCAGCGAAUGCUUCCUCUUAGCUUAGUCUUUGCACCUGCCUAUUCAAUAUUUGCUUUUCUCAUGUGGCGGCCAUUCAUUCUGAACACAAACCUUGCAAACCGUGAAGACAUCAACCAAUUAUAUCAAUCCUUAACAGUGGCCAUAGUUGAUGCUAUAAAACACUUGCCUUUUCGAGAUGUAUGUUUGAGGGAUAGUUGCGGUUUCUAUGAUCUUGUUGCUGCAGAUGCCAUUGAUGCUGAAUUUGCAGCCAUGCUAGAUUUAAAUGGUUCAGAUAUCCAUUUAAAAUCCAUGGCCUUUGUUCCUCUCCGUGCUAGGCUCUUCCUAAAUACCAUCAUUGACUGUAAAAUGCCACAGUCACUAUUUGUACCAGAGGAUGGGAAUCGGAGUUCUGGACAUGGUGAAUCUGAAGUUCAAUAUUCAGAUAAAGAAACAAAGCUUCUGGACAAGCUUGUGCACGCCUUGGAUACCCUGCAACCUGCAAAAUUACAUUGGCAGUGGGUGGAGCUCAGGCUUCUUUUGAAUGAACAAUCACUCCUUGAAAAACUUGACAGCCAUAAUAUGUCCUUAGUGGAUGCUUUACGGUCAUCCUCGCCUUCUGGAAAAGCUGCUGCUUCUGAGAAUGAGAACUAUUUUAUUACCAUUAUCCUCACAAGAUUGCUGGUCCGACCUGAUGCAGCAUCUCUUUUUUCAGAGGUGGUUCAUCUUUUUGGACAGUCAUUGGAAGAUUCAAUGUUGCUGCAGGCUAAAUGGUUCCUAGGAGGACCAGAUGUUCUUUUUGGUCGGAAAACGAUCAGACAAAGGCUUAUUAGUAUUGCUGAGAAUGAAGGUUUUUCAUCAAAGGCCCAGUUUUGGAAGCCUUGGGGCUGGUGUAAUUCUGGUUCUGAUUCCAAGAGGGGAGGCAAGAAGUUUGAAGUCACCUCUCUUGAAGAAGGAGAGGUUGUUGAAGAGGGAACAGACUCAAAAAAGUAUGGGUCUACCCAAACAUUGGACAUGGAAGGUUCCAAUGUCCACCAGCAGCAAGUUACUGAGAAGGCUCUCAUUGAAUUACUUAUUCCUUGCAUAGAUCGAAGCACUGAUGAAUCACGGAAUACCUUUGCAAGUGAUCUAAUCAAGCAGUUUAAUACUAUUGACCAACAAAUAAAUGCAGUUAUUUGUGGGGCAAGUAAGCAGGCAGGGACAAUACCUUCUGGAAUUGAAGGACCGGUAAACAAAAGAAAUAAUCGCAAAGUUAUGAGAGGUGGCAGUCCUGGAUUAGCUAGACGUCCUACAGGCACAUCGGAUUCUGCUCCUCCCUCCCCUGCAGCUUUGCGAGCUUCUAUGUCGUUGCGCUUACAGUUACUCCUCAGAUUUCUUCCCAUCAUUUGUGCAGAUGGGGAACCAUCUGGGCGGAAUAUGAGGCAAAUACUUGCCCCCAUAAUACUUCGUCUCCUCGGAAAUCGAGUUGUGUAUGAAGAUGCAGACCUUUCAUUUUAUCAAACACAGAGUUAUGCAUCCAAGAUGGAGGUGGAGUCCCCUGCAGAAGCUUCUUCAGUGGCCUUGGCAGGUUUUUCUGGCGAUAGUCUCUUUGAUCGGUUACUGUUGGUUUUGCAUGGGUUGUUGAGUAGUUGCCAGCCUAGUUGGCUGAGGUCAAAGCCUGACUCCAAGUCAAGCAGUGAAUUUACCAAAGAAUCUUCUGGAUUUGAUUGUGAGGUAGCAGAGGCUCUGCAGAAUGACUUGUAUCGGAUGCAACUGCCUGACACAAUUCGGUUGCGAAUUCAAACUGCAAUGCCAAUUCUUCUUCCUUCUGUUCGUUGCUCUGUCUCUUGCCAGCCACCAUCUGUUCCUUUUGCUGGCACUGCUUUGCUUCAAUCCAGCAUCUCCUUACCUGGAGCUCAUUCAUGCCCUCCUCAGAGGAAUAUGGGUCUUUUGGCACGAACUGCAACCAACAUUUCAGGGAAGUUCAAGCCUUCGCUCUUGCAGCUGGAUCAUGAUAUGGAAAUUGACCCAUGGACUCUCUUGGAAGAUGGCGCAGUAUGUGGGCCAUCAUCGAGUAACACUGCUGUGAUAGGUAGUGGUGACCAUGGUAAUCUUCGAGCAUCCAGCUGGCUCAAGGGGGCAGUGAGGGUGAGGCGGACAGACCUCACCUACACUGGUGCCAUGGAUGAUGAUAGCUGAUAACACGAUUACUUUAUUCUUAAUUUGGCUGGAUUAUAUCAAUCCCUCAGCAGGUAAUUGAAGGUUCUAAUUUAGUAUGCAUAAUUGGCAUCAAGAUUACUAUUGCCUUUCUUGCCUUUGAUGACGAAAGAAACUGUUGAGAGGGAUAUUUUUUGGGGUUGUGCGGUUCUUGUGAUAGAAGUUGAAGAUAAGGUUCUCACGCAGCCCAUCCGAUUGAGUCUCAGGCCUCCCUGACUACUAACCCUUAAAUCACCCCAGACUCUGCAUUUUCCGAGUUCAGUUUGGGUGCUUGUGUAUAUAGAGAUAUUGUUUCACUUUACCAAUUGAUCUCAGUAAAAUAUCUCAAGAAUGAUCUGUAGCUGUUCCACGCUCAUCAAUUUUUGGUUUGAUCUCUCUCUCUCUCUCACGCACUCACACAUGCAGGCCAAUGCUCAUGCACAUCUCCACAUGUUAUGCAUAUAAACAUAUAUACAUUUGUAUAUGUACACGCACAUUUACAUGCAAACCUAUGCGUGAACAAUUUUGCUUCGUGCGUGUACAUUGAAAGUUUACAUAUUCUCUUCUUCCAGAAAAGGGGGUUCACCUUUCCAUUUAUGAGUGUGAAUGAAAAGGGAGUUCACCUUUCCAGAAAAGGGCGUUCACCUUUGCAUUGAAAGUGUUUUUCCCAUUGCUAAAUACAUUAAUUUUUUUUUUAUAUGUAAUUGAGGAUUUUAUUGAAAAACGCGAAAGGCAUAGCUCAAGGAGACAUAUACAAGACAAGUCAAAUACAAGAAGUUAAUUGGUUCUUUUUACCAAAAUACCUUUUGUUUUUUUUUUUUGAGGAAAAUGACCUCUUUAUUUAAAAAAUCCUCAGUUGUGGCGGAGGAAAAUACCUUUUGUCUUCAUGAUAAUUGUUUUAAGUUAGUGUACCUCUGCACCUUUAAAUUAAAGGCUAGUUUGGAUGUUAGUAUAAAAAGUGGGGGAAGAGUUAUUGCCCCUUUCUUAAUAUUUGUGCCUUUUCAAUGUGAGCAAUCUUUAUGGAACUGAGAAGUAUUUUGAAUGCUUUUGUUCAGAACGAUUUUGAGUUGUCUGAGUAUUCAAAGAAGUAAAAUGCCAAUCUGUGGAUGCAUCUGACAGAAUGGCAAACACUAUGAACAUAUGGCUGUAUAUCUUUUUGUGCAAAUAUAUUGCUGUAAUUUUGAAAGGAAGGGUCUGGAACUUAAGCUCAUUUUUCCUGUAGUUCAUGUUUACUUAUUAUUGCUGUUAUCUCUGGUGCUUUUCUAGACUUACCCUCAUAAAAGCUGUGCUGUAAAACUGCUAUUAUUAGUUCUUAUUUGAUAUUUAUUUUCCCUUGGUGGGUUUGUUGUGCUCAUCAUAUCCUUAGAACUCGUAUUGUGUUGUGCUUUUCAGAAAUCAGCUAGUUUGAAUAUAAAAUUAAAUUUGGGGAGUGUCAUCUUUGAUGGACGAUUCAUAUACUUUUUGUGUAUGAUAGUUUUGAUGCGGUAAUGGAUCUCCUUUGGGCGCUGGGCUUUUUAUGGUCAAUUUCGCAUUUAAAGUAUGACUUGUAAUAAAACAGAUGAAUGUCUUUACAGUCAGUAUUAUCAAGAGUUUUUUAAAUUUACUUUUAUAAUAAGGCCUGUAGAGGGGUGGAGUGGGCACUGGGUUUGAAGUCAAUUUUACCCGUUAAUUUAAAGAAGAGCUCAACGUGGAGCCUUACUUUAGUAUUUUGGAGAGAUCCCAGGUAUGUUGGACAUCUUCUGUGUCGAGUAAAAAAUCUUGAAAUGUUCAGCUUGGUAUUGGUUGCCAUUUCAAUCCUAUUAGUUGCCAUUUAUUUGGGAUUAAUGCUUUGAUACACUUUGAGAUCAUAUUUGCUCAUUAACACCUCGUUCUUGCAAAGUUAAUCUCUUUCUAUUUGGUUCUCUGUUUUUGAAACAAUAGCUGUGCUAAUGUAGAGCAUAGAACUCGUGACUCUGCAGCUAUGCCAUACAGCUUUGAACUUCAUCCCAGGAACCUGGGGUUUUCUCUUCUCUGAACCUCACUCUGACCAGGUUUUGCUCUCACUUGCACUUAUGGGCAUGGAAUCCAUUGCUUUUCUUAGUGGUGGCUGUUGAUCUUUUCUGAUUCAUUUUUAUACUUACACAUGAAUUCGUCUUGAUUUUGCUGGCUUUCUUUUAGGAGAAUGCUUUACAAACAAAGAAACAGCACAUUUUGAGUCCAAUUGGACUAGAGAAGGUGUAGUAGUAAUUGGUGGGUUCAUCACUUUGCUUUGAGCUUAGAAGUGGAAUAAUGCCUGGUUGUUUAUGAUUGUUGUAAUUUCAGCUCAGCACUGUUGAUUAUACUAGAAAUAAAUCAAUAACUGGUGGAAAGGGCAAUGCUCAUUUUGCUCUCUUCUGUUGUCAUUGCAGGAGUUGUUUGAGCACCACAAAAGCAAAAUGUGUACUGAUAAAAAAACUUUCCAUUCUUGAAAUAUAACAUGGUUAAGACCGUUUUCUUCUCUUAAGUGGAAUGAAUUGCAUCUA